AACAAAGUAGAUAAAGAAAAGCCUUAGACUAGUUGACUCGUCCGACAGUCCCAAUCUGAAUCCCUCUCCCAAGUCUCAACUCCCAAGCCAAAUCCCAAAUCAGAACAACAAAAGUAGCAACUCUUUCCCAGAAACAGAAACACAUCCAAAACAAGAUUAAACAUGGGCGGAGGCGAAGACGACAAGAAGAGAGGUAUGUCCAGCAGUGGUCAUCAGCACCAUCAUCCUCCUCCUCCUCCUCCUCCUCCUUCGGCUCCCGAGUACGGAACCUUCCAAGGAGUCGCCAACUACCCUCCUCCACCGCCACACGGCGGCUUCCCUCAGCCAGUUCCUCCGCCGGGAGCCACCGACCCACCUCCUCAGUACUACGCUCAAGGUUACCAGAGUACCGUUCCCGGUUAUGCUGUUGCUGAGGGAAGACCUGUAAGAGAGCGUCGCCUGCCUUGCUGUGGUUUGGGUCUCGGCUGGUGCUUGUUUAUCAUUGGUUUCUUCCUUGCUGCUAUUCCAUGGUAUGUUGGGGUGAUUAUUCUAGUUUGUUCCAGGAUAGACUACCGAGAGAAACCAGGAUAUAUCGCUUGCACAGUUGCUGCUAUUCUUGCUACAAUCGCUAUUAUCCUUGGUGCCACAAAGGGAAAUGAUGACUGGUAGUCUCAGAGAAGGUUUGUAUAGCUAUUGAUGCAUAUUCAAAUUCCUUGAAAGACCAAGGGGUAUCAAUUAGCCUAUAUACACAGUGCUUAAACUCGUGGAAACUCACUGUAUGUCUCCAGGAUUCAUGAUGGUAUUGUAAUAUGUAGCUUAAACUGUGAAUGGUAAUGUGAAAAUGUUAAAAGAUGAUUAUGUUGAUUAAUUGUUACUGUUCUUUAAUAAUUCAUAUAAUACACAUUAUCACAACUUUCUUUG